UGAGAUCAUCGAGUCAACUUGUGUAGCAACAUAAACAAAUAUCCCAGAUAACAAUUUCUUUGCUAACUGUUAAUGUUAUUUAAAUAAUAAUUAUCAAAAGUUUUGUUCUCCAAUUUAUAUUAUGUCUUAUAAUGAUAAUAAUUUUUCUCUAAAUAGUUAUGGAUGCAAGAGUGUUGAUGACUAUCUUGAGUAUACCAGGAUUGUUGGUGAUGACGAUGGUGGUAAUCUAUUCACACCUAGCCAAUAUGAAGCUUACAAAAAGAAAAUGAUACCAAUACGAAUGAAGAACAGGUUGUAUGUUUGCUGGGCUUCAGAAUCUGGAUUAGAAUGCAAACAGGUCGGACCUGAAACAAAAUGUUUUUGUGAACACAGAUAUAAACAGCAUAUUACCGAUUUUAUUAAUUUGCCUUCAACACGUCCUAUUAAAAUUCCUUGUAAUGCUUUAGGCUGUGGUUGUAAAGCAUAUUUUUAUGUUCCACCUAAUGGCACUCAGUUAUUGCGAUGUAAAUGCAAGCAUUCAACAAAUGAGCAUUCUAAUUCAGGAAAGAAAAAAUGUGUUAAAGUGGGUUGUUUAUGUCAACAGUUUUGUACUGCUUAUUCAUGUGGUUGUGGUAUGGGUGCUGAUAAGCAUAAGAUGAUAAUAGAAACAAAGAAAGAGAGGCAGUUAAGAGGUAUGCCUGUUGGUUAUGAUGUUCCUUACAAAGCAAUGGGUGGGCUAACUGGUUUCAGUUCAUUAGCUGAUGGAUAUACAAGAUUAGAUCAGAGUGGAAUAGGUGUACCAAGCAAAGAGUUUUUUGAACAACCUCCAGAUUUGUAUGAUCCAUUAUUUUUAAAACCUGGUAAUGCUAAAGGAAUACAAGUAGGACACCUAGAUCAACAGAAAAAGCUUUCUGAAGUUGAAUGUAUGGCAAUGUUUGAACAAAGAUUUCAACAAAAGUUGAGACUAGAAUGUAGCUCAAAAAGAAGAAUAAGUUCUCAAGCAAAGUAGUUACAAGAAAUGGUUCGCAUGAUAAGAAGAUGGCGCACGCACCAACGAUUCUAAUGAUAUUCCUGGGCAUGGAACAUCCAUGUGGUAUGUUAACACGUAAGAGAAAGUUGCUUAGACAAUACUGAAAAGGUCGCAACGGUUGUAACUAUUUAAUAAAACUCUAGUAAAUUUUAUUCUUAUUGUA